ACUGCUCUCCCCCUUCGGUCCAAUUAUUCAAUAUACAUCCUCAUUACGCAAAAGAGUGUUGGACACAUCUGAAGCACAAUGACAAAAAAUCUUCACUGUAUUCUGACAAUAUGCUGUUGGUAAGCUGUAUGACAAAGUCGGUAGCGAGAGACGAUGUGAACGACACCGGUUGGCCGUCGGGGUGGAAGCUCGGGGGUCCCGUCCCCCCCGCUAGCCCCAGCUAUAAAUACAGGGGGGGCGGAGCAUGCGCGGGGCUGGGGAUGGCGUCAGUGGGCCGGCGCCAGUGAGCCGCAGAGCCCGCACCACCGCGUCGUCGCGCCCCGAGGCCUCGCCGGCAGCCUGCUCAGAGCUUUGCUGCUGCUGCUGCCCGGGAUGCUGCCGUGAUCAUGGUCGUCAUGCAGUGCGCGAGCGCCGGCUGCGGCGCGGCGGCGGCCAGCGUGUGCGCCAACUGCGGCGUAGCGGCGUACUGCAGCAAGGAGCACCAGCGCGAGCACUGGCCUCAGCACAAGGCGGGCUGCUUCCCCUGCGCGCUGCAGGCCGACGAGCGCCUAGGCAGGUUCCUCGCCACGUCCCGGGCGGUGCAGCCCGGCACGGUGCUGGUUCGCGAGUGGCCGCUGGUGGUGGGCCCGCGGGCCGACUCCUCGCGCCCCGUCUGCCUGGGCUGCCACUGCCCCCUGCCACCCCUGACCGGCGGCGCCAGCUGCAGCGCCUGCGGCGCGCCCGUCUGCGACGCCGACUGCGAGAAACUGGCCGCCCACGCGCAAUGGGAGUGCAAGGCGCUCAGGAAAGCGACGGUGACCCUGCCGCCCGCGGCCGUGCUGCCGCUGCGGUGCCUGCUCGGAGUCCGCUCCGGCCUCGACGGCUGGACAACGUUCCUGGAGCUGGAGGCGCACCUGGACCAGCGGCGCGGGACGGCCGUCUGGAGUGACCGCCAGAGCCAAGUCGUCGAGGUGCUGCGCGCUGCCGGGGUCGUGCCGGCGGACGGGUCCGAGGACGAGCUGGUGCAGCGCAUCUGCGGCAUCCUGGACGUGAACAGCUUCGAGGUGCGGGGGCCGGCGGCGGCGGGGUCGGCGGGGGAGCCGCUCCGGGCCGUGUUCCUCCGCGCCGCCAUGAUGGCGCACAGCUGCGUGCCCAACUGCCAGCUGUCCGUGGACGACAACCUGCAGCUGCAGGUGCGCGCCAGCUGCGCCGUGCCGCGCGCCACGCCCGUCCAGUACAACUACUGCGAGCUGCUGGAGAGUACGGCCCGCCGCCAGGAGCACCUGCGCGAGGGCAAGUACUUCGAGUGCUCGUGCGCGCGCUGCAGCGACCCCAGCGAGUGCGGCACGCACCUGGGCUCGCUGUGGUGCCCGCACUGCCUGACCGGGCUCGUGGUGCCGCCCGUGCACAACGCCCAGCAGGAGGGCGCGCCCGCCGCCCCGGAGCGCACCGUCCGGGCCCUGCCCCCCGGCGUCGCGACCCUCCCGGCGUCCUGCUCCAUCCGCGUGGCCAAGCGGCCGCCGCGGGCAGCCACCACCACCCCGCCGACCGCGCGGACGCCCGAGGCCACGGCACCCAGCCCGACCCCACAGGGUGACCUUCUCAAGGCACCCGCGCCGGCCUCAACCACACCGGCACCCGCGGCCGCCUCAGCCAAGGGUACGAAAGGACGUCGCAAGGGUGGGAAGCACCCCGCGCAGGAAGUGCCCAAAGGGGAGGUGCCCCGGCCCACGCCCGCGGCAAAGCAGGAGGUUCACAACUCAAAGAAGAAGUCUUCGAAUCAGGCAAAAGCCGGCAAAAAGGGACCUCAGGAAGGCGUGCUCGAGGGAAAACUCCAGGAGUGUCCGCCCGCCGCGUCACCACAGGGGUCACCUGAGGGGUCACCCAAGAGGGCGUCGGCGGGGUCGCCGACGGCCACGGCGGCGGUCCCCUGGAGGUGCACGAGCUGCGGGCGCGGGAUGGCGGCGCGCGCCGCCGAGUCCGCGGUGCUGCGCUGCGCCGAGGCGUGGGAGGCGGCGCGCCUCGGCGACGACCUGGACGCGCGCGGCCUCGAGGCGCUGCUCGCGCACCUGUCGCGCACCCUGCACCCGCGGCACGCGCUGCAGCUGGCCGCCAAGCAGGUGCUCGUCGCGCUGUACCGCGACCACGCGCUGGCCGCGCGGCGCCCCGCCGCGCACGCGCUCGCCAGGAUGCAGGAGCUGUGCCAGGAGAUCCUGGACGUGCUGGAGCUGCUGCAGCCCGGACACCUGUCGCGGCUCAAAGGCAUCGCGCUGCACGAGAUGCACGUGGCCGUGGCGCUGGCCGGCGGCGACCUGGAGCGAGCGCGGGCGCUGCUGCGUGCCUCCCUGGAGCACCUGCAGCUCGAGCCGCCGGACUCGCCCGAGGGCCGGCUGCACGCGCUCGCCCUGCAGGAGCUGGUCGCCGUGGAGGACAGCCUGCGGCAGGAAGCGCUCCAGGGCCAGCUGCAGGAGGAGCGGCGCGUGCGGGCCACCCGGCGGAGGAAGAAGUAGUGAGGUCAGCCUCCUCCAGGACUUCCAGGAUCUCCAGGACCUCCCAGGGGUUCGCCGACCAUCAAAAACAUGUCUGUGAACGGAAUAAAUAAAUUAUUAUUUAGGGAAAAACA